GUCUUGUUGAUGUUUCUGAACAUGGGAUUAUUCGCCAGGCGAGACGGCCACGACGGCACGAAACUCUCCUCGGUACUCACCGCUGCGGGAACGACUCAAUUCGACGCACACGCACACGCACAAGCACACUCACCCGCAAUCCAAAACUUUUGGGGCAUGGUUGCGGUAUAACAGAAACGGGCUUGGACGAGCCACUCUACUGCGGUAGGCAACUUGUUCGGUUUGUUCGACUGCGCUCAUGACAGACAGAGAGGCUCUAGCUGAUUUGGCUCUCCCAGGGAGGGGGUUCGAACACCGCAAUUGAGACACAAACACUGGGACGAGGUCGAAGAUACGCGGAAGACAGAAAAGAAUUCCACAGAUCCCGGCUAAGCCCGUCGCCUGGUCCAAUCUGACCAGAAUCCAGGUUCGAGGGCCAUGUCGACAGGCGAUCUGAAUUGACGACGGCUCCAGCGGGUGGAAAAGGCGUCCCGCAUUCCAACCAAUCCCGCCAAGGGCCAGAGGGUGGGCGGUCAGCCCCUCAACUACAAAGGCAGAGCACCCCUUACCUUCUUCUUUAGGGACACUGGUCGGCGCCCGUUUGACACCAUCAUCACCGUCUCUGUCGACUGCAUGUUGUGUGGGCAGACCGACCUGUCCGGUCUAUCCUUCCCCAUCCUUCCCACCGAAAAGACCGCUAAACCCCACCGAUGUCUCCCCAGUUUCCCCUCCCCCGGACCGCUGAUCAAGUAGGAACACCACCCGACCAGCGUGUCCCCGGGGCAGGCAUCCCCUCCGAGAGUGAUGCUGAUGGAUGGCCACACGGACUGGCUCCAGCCAAGAUUCUGGACCCCACCUGCUUGCGAAGCCCGCCGAGCGUCGCCAAGACGAGCACAACAACCACGCCGACCACAGUCCAGCCUCGAGAAACCGGUUCUGCGCCCAAACCUUCUUCCUCCCCUCCUCUCUCUCCGAUUCUCCAAGUUCAUCCCCUCCUGCCGUGCGUGUGUUCCCAUCAAGCGAAGCCCGUCCCGGCCCUUCAGCCCCGCCGCUUGCUCUCGCUGCUGUCAUGCUGCUUCUUCCCUCCCCUCCCUUUUUCAUGCAUCUUAGGUUCUAGCCUUUCUAUUAGACUUCCCGUCUGGCCCGUCCACCAACACACACACCACACACACACACACACACAUCAACCUAGCGUGGCCCGCCCGCAUUGCGCGAUUUGGUCCCUUCUUUGUCUGAACUAUCUACAACCUACCACCCCUUAUAAGUAGUGUAACUGAGCCAGUCUCUCCCUCUAUCUCUCUCUCUCUCACUGUAUGUGCGUCCUGGUUCCGCUUCGACUC